CCCAGCGCCUCACGCUUCCGCGCGGCACGAGCUGGAAAGAAUCCACUAAUUCAGCAGCAGCAGCGGGCGAGCAGUCGAGCAGAGUCCACUGGGGCCAAGCAAUGGCCUCCGCCGGAGGCUUCGGGGGGCUCUCUCUUCUCCUCGCGCUGUCGCUGUGCUCCGCGCUCGCAUCCACGGUCCACGGCGAGGCUCCGAGGAGGUUCUGGAUCGAGGACGACGCCUUCUGGAAGGACGGGGCGCCGUUCCAGAUCGUCGGCGGCGACGUGCACUACUUCCGCAUUGUCCCCGAGUACUGGAAAGAUCGCCUUUUAAGGGCUAAGGCACUAGGCCUGAACACAAUCCAAACAUAUGUUCCUUGGAAUUUGCACGAGCCGGAACCACAGAGCUGGGAAUUCAAGGGCUUCGCUGACAUUGAAUCGUAUCUAAGACUUGCUCAAGAAUUAGAAAUGCUCGUCAUGCUUCGUGUAGGUCCAUAUAUUUGUGGAGAAUGGGAUUUAGGGGGAUUUCCACCAUGGUUGCUCACCAUAGAACCAGCCCUUAAACUACGAUCAUCAGACGCAACCUAUCUUUCCUUGGUAGAGAGAUGGUGGAGAGUCUUGCUCCCAAAAGUAGCACCACUGUUAUACGAGAAUGGAGGUCCAAUUAUCAUGGUGCAGAUUGAAAAUGAAUUUGGUUCAUUUGGAGAUGACAAGAAUUACCUUCAUUACCUUGUUCAGUUGGCCAGACGAUAUCUGGGGAAUGACAUUGUUCUGUAUACAACUGAUGGGGGCACUACUAAUACCUUAAAGAAUGGAGCAAUUCUUCAAGAUGAUGUCUUCGCUGCUGUUGAUUUUUCAACUGGUGAUGAUCCAUGGCCAAUAUUCAGAUUACAGAAGAAAUACAACUUACCGGGAAAAUCAGCCCCUUUAAGUGCGGAAUUUUAUACCGGAUGGCUAACACACUGGGGUGAGAGUAUUGCAACAACAGAUGCCAGCAGCACAGCUAAAGCUCUUAAAAGUAUUCUAUGCCGCAAUGGUUCUGCUGUACUCUAUAUGGCUCAUGGAGGGACAAAUUUUGGGUUUUACAAUGGAGCAAAUACUGGUCAAACUGAAUACGAGUAUAAGGCAGACCUUACAUCUUACGAUUAUGAUGCGCCAAUUAAGGAGCAUGGAGACGUGCAUAAUCCCAAAUACAAAGCAUUGAGAAGAGUAAUACAUGAAUGCACUGGCACUCCUCUGCAUCCACUUCCUGCCGACAUUGAAAGAGCAAGUUAUGGGCUUGUGAAAUUACAAAAGGUUGCUUCUUUCUUUGACAUAUUUGAUAAGAUCUGUGAUCCACUGAAAGUGGCUGUUUCAGAACAGCCUCUGUCUAUGGAACUGACAGGCCAGAUGUUUGGGUUUCUACUGUAUGUGUCGGAAUACCAAGGAAAAGGUCCUUACAGCAUCCUAUCAAUUCCAAAGGUACAUGACAGAGCCCAGGUGUUUGUGUCAUGCUCACUUGAUGACGUCAGAAAUCAAAUAUAUGCUGGUGUUAUUGAAAGAUGGUCUAGUAAAACCCUACAGAUACCAACCUUAAACUGCUCUUCUAAUAUCCGCUUAUCUAUCCUGGUAGAAAAUAUGGGCCGUGUAAAUUAUGGGCCAUACAUUUUUGAUCAGAAGGGGAUAUUAUCUACUGUUGAAAUAGAUGGUGUGACUCUCCAUCACUGGAAAAUGUACCCGUUAUCGUUCAAUUUACUGGAAAACCUUUCGAAAUUCCAACCAAUCCAGCAGAUCACUGAUGCCAGAGCUAGCAAAGUGUCCAGUCAUGGUGGUUCACAAAAUAAGCUACGUGAUUUGUCAUUCUAUCUAAAUGGCAAAUCAGAAGAGCCAGAAUUUUAUGAAGGCCAUUUCCACAUUGACUCCAAUAGCACGGUAAAGGAUACAUUCAUAUCAUUCCGUGGUUGGAACAAAGGGGUUGCUUUUGUGAACAACUUCAACAUCGGAAGGUUCUGGCCGGUAACGGGACCACAGUGUGCUCUUUAUGUUCCUGCUCCAAUCCUCAGAUCUGGAGACAACAUUGUU